AUGGAACGUGCGAUUCCACCGACGACACACGACCGAACGGACAGCCAACACUUCUCUCGUCCAUUUGAGGAAUCGGAUGUCGCCUGGCUGAAGAGCCGGCUGCAUGUCAGGGACGCACGCAGUGCAACAGGUGCCGAUGACUUCUCCUAUAGAGACAUCCUGCGUAUCCCGAAUGACAAACUUGUGUUGCUCUACAAUCAAUACCCCGAGAGCUAUCGCAUCAUUGGCCUUGAAUGCACGUUGUUGAAGGGCUUGACACUCCUUGUGGAACGACGCCUCCGGCUGUGGGCGGAGGAAGAGGGUGUUGUACCUCCAUCCCAGAACGGCUUCCGACCUGGCUACAACACCCACAAUAAUGCUUUCAUCUUCCGCGAAGCCGUCGAGAGGUGCCGAGCAGAUGGGAAGACCCUAUAUGUUGCAAUCGUUGACCUGACAAACGCGUUCCCCAGUACUCAUCAACCGACACUGUGGACCAAACUAUACACCAUGGGUGCAUCAGGUCCCAUUGUAGAC